UGGCUUUAUUUGGUUGAAGAAGGAAUCAAAACACGAAAUAUGAGCUUUAAUUUUUUGGUAAUAGAGAAAUGGAGAGUGAUGAUGCGGUUCAAGGCUUGCAAUUUGAUUCAAGCACUAAUGCUAAGCUAGGGUCGCAAAAGAGUUCAUUACAAAAUUUAUUAAAACCUAGGGCUAAGAAAAUGGAUGGUGAAGAGAAGAAGUCCGAGUCCAAGAAGAGGUCCAAACCUGUUGAGAUUGGUUUUGAUUCUGAUGAUGAUGAGCCCAUUGGGUCUUUGUUUAAGUUGAAGAAAACAAAAAACCCUAAGAAGGUUAAGGCUACGUCAGAUAGUGAAAAGGGGCAGAAGGUAGAAAUUAGGGAAGAGAAAUUGGUGGUUGAAGAUGAGGAUUUGGGGGGUAUGGAUGAUACCUUGGCAAGUUUUAGGAAAAAAUUGAAGGGUCCUAAGAAAAAUACCGGAUCUGGGAUCCUAAAGGGAAGAAAUUCAUCUUUGAGUGAGUCUUUUGAGGACGUCGGCGUGUUGGAUGAGAAGUUGGCAUUGAAGGAUGUGGAGAAAGUUCAGGAGAUUGGUGAGGAUGCAUCUGAUGUGACCAUGGGUAAAGGGGUUGAAAGUAAAUGUAAAGGGAGAUUUAGGAGACCGAAGACUGAUUCAAAGAUAAAAUCAGUUGGGGCUCAUUUUGCGAGUGAUGAUGAUUUGAAGGGUAUGGAGCCUCUGGGUGAUUCAUUGGAGGAUCAGAAAGAGGAAGAGAUAUGGCCUGGGGAGGGUUCCAAUCUGUCUUUGGAUGAAAAGACGGAUGACUCAUUUUCUGCUUUCUUUCAGAGGACACAAUCUGGAUCAAUCAGGAAAUCUCAUGUGAAUUCUGGUUUGAAACAGAAUGGUAGGGAUCGAAGCUUUGAUGAAGGAUAUAGCCCUAGCUCUGAAGGUGAUUUAAAGUCUGUAAGGAGACCUCAGUCUGCUUCAGCUACAAAAGUAAGGCAGAAAAAUUCAAAGUUCAAUGAUAGUUCACAUCUGGUUUCUGAUUUGAGUAAAUCGGAAUUAACCUCCAGUCAGUAUAAGAAAAUUGAACCUUUGGUAGACAAUAGCGGUUUGAAUGUUCAAGAGGAACCUAUUCUGGAUACUUGUACCUCAAAUGAAGUUUAUGGUAUCAAUGGCAACAUGAAUGCUUGUGCCUGCGUGGAUGAUGGUUCUGGCUCUAGCCAAAAGGCUAGUUCAGAAACUCAAUCUAUGGAGGUCGGGUUAAAGCUUUGUUCUAUGGAUAAGGCAAGCGCUUUGGUCCCUGAUGACCAAGAAAUGCCCAUUUCUGCCUCUUCCCCAGAGCAGAAGGGAGAAUUUUACAAGUAUGAGGGUGAGUGUAACCGAGGUUUUUCUCAUGCAUUGAGGCAACAUUCAAGGAAUGCUUCAGCAAUAGACAAUUCGAGUUCAGACCAUGAAGUUUCCUCUUCUUUAAUUGGAAAAGAAGUUUCAGUGGCUUGUGUAAAUGAUGAGUUAAGAAACAAAUCCUGUAAAACUAAAUCCAAAGAGAUUCAGAAAUCAGCUUCUGGAAAGAUGCUGCAGGUUUCCUCAAAAUCUUUAUCUCAGAACUGUUCAGGGACUGUAAAAUCAGAUCAAUAUGCAGAAGGUUUUCAGCAAAUUCCACCUCUUCUUUCUGAUCCUUCCUUGAAUUCCUUGAAGGUGAGCAAAACUUUUAGUGAUCCCAAUACCUGUAAUGAGGAGAGAGGUUUUGCUUCCACUUUUUCAAAAGAGGAAACUGCUGUAGUAUCUAAUGGUAGGUUAUCUCCAACAACUGAAAUGUUUUGUGGACAUCGGGAAUCUGGAUUUACUUUUCAGAAGUGUAGCUCUGGUUUCCAUCAAGAUCAACCUUCUGAUGCAUCGAAGGGAACUUGUGUUCCAGGUCAUGAGCCUCUCUCUAUUGGUGAAGAGGCUAAUAGAGAUUCUUCUUCUUCCAUGACUCCAGAUGAAAAUGGAAGUUCUCCAGAAGAUGCAGUCUCUAUGCCUGAUUCUGAAAAUAAAGGUAAUAAGUUAUCAGCUGUUCAACGUGCUGCGCGCAUUGCUAAAAAGCGCAGGCAUGGAGACAUGGCUUAUGAAGGGGAUGCUGACUGGGAGAAUUUGAUAACUGAGCAAGGUUUUCUUGAAAGUCACCAGGUUGUAGACUAUGAUCGGUCUUUAAGAGGAAGAGACAAGUUUUAUUCCUCUUCAAAUACUCUUACUGAUGCUGAAAAUGGUGGGACUGCAGUGGUGUCAGCAGGGCUGAAAGCUCGUGCAGCUGGUCCGAUCGAGAAAAUUAAAUUUAAAGAGGUCUUGAAGCGCAGAGGUGGGCUUCAGGAAUACUUAGAAUGCAGGAACCAGAUCUUAAGUCUUUGGAGUAGAGAUGUUAGCAGAAUUUUGCCACUCACGGAGUGUGGGGUCACUGAUACUCCUUCUGAGGAUGAGCCGCCACGUGCUUCUUUAAUUAGGCAGAUCUAUACAUUUCUUGAUCAGAGUGGGUACAUAAAUGUUGGUAUUGCUUCUAAGAAGGAGAAAGCAAAUCAUGUAGCAAAGCAUAGUUAUAAACUUUUCAAAGAAGAAAAACUCGAGGGAAGUUCUGGGGAUUCGGUUGCUGAUUCAGAGGAUGGAGUUGCUUUCAUCCUUGGUCAGGUUAAGAGUUCUGAAACUUCUGUGGAGGCCAAAAAUGUUGUUAUAUCUAAUGAUGGGAACCAGAUAUUAGAAGCGAAAAAAGGCUGUUCGGUUAUCCCAGAAUUACCUAAUGUGACAGAACACAAACCAUGCCCAGCUGAUGAUUGCUUGCAAAAUGGUGGCACUGAUUCACCUGAUAGAUUGGUAAAUGUGGAUAUUUUGAGGGCUGAUCCAUCUUGCAAAAUGGUUGAUGGUGGAGAAGUUCCGAUUGUAAUUGAAGUGACGAAUGACUCACACAGUGUUCAAUCUGCUUCUCAUGAUGAUGUUUGGGGGAACCAACAUGUGCACUGUGAUUCAGAAAUCAGGAAGAAAAUCAUUAUCAUUGGGGCAGGUCCUGCUGGUUUAACCGCUGCUCGCCACUUGAAACGUCAGGGUUUUUCUGUAAUUAUACUUGAGGCUCGGAAUAGGAUCGGUGGUCGUGUUUAUACGGAUCGCACGUCUCUCUCAGUUCCUGUGGAUCUUGGGGCUAGCAUAAUUACAGGUGUUGAGGCUGAUGUGGCCACUGAAAGAAGACCUGAUCCUUCCUCAUUGAUUUGUGCUCAGCUGGGCCUAGAGUUGACUGUGUUGAAUAGUGAUUGCCCCCUUUAUGAUAUUGUUUCUGGUCAAAAGGUUCCUGCAGAUCUGGAUGAAUCUCUGGAAGCAGAGUACAACAGCCUUCUUGAUGACAUGGUAUUGCUUGUUGCCCAGAAGGGGGAACAUGCUAUGAAAAUGUCUCUUGAGGAGGGUUUGGAGUAUGCUCUUAAGAGGCGCCGAAUGGCACGAUUAGGAAGAGAUUUUGAAGAAGUUUAUCUGCAAAGUUCGAUGGAUGCUUAUUCUAAAACCAGCAGUGUUGACAGUAGAGUUCCUGGUAGAAAUUGUUCUGAAGAAGAGAUACUGAGUCCUCUUGAAAGAAGGGUUAUGGAUUGGCACUUUGCCAACUUAGAAUAUGGUUGUGCUGCUUUGCUCAAGGAAGUAUCUCUUCCUUUCUGGAAUCAAGAUGAUGUUUAUGGAGGAUUUGGAGGAGCCCAUUGCAUGAUUAAAGGUGGUUACAGUGCUGUUGUUGAGUCUCUUGCAGAAGAACUUCUCAUACAUUUCAACCAUGUAGUCACAGAUAUCUCAUAUAGUUCAAAGGACUCUGAAGUAAAUUAUAGUCAGUCCAAAGUCAAAGUUGCCACAUCAAAUGGCAGUGAAUUCUCAGGAGACGCUGUGCUUAUUACUGUGCCUCUUGGGUGCUUGAAAGCAGAAAGUGUAAAGUUUUUUCCCCCGUUACCCCAAUGGAAGUCCUUGGCCAUCCAGCGGCUUGGUUUUGGAGUUCUUAAUAAAGUAGUAUUGGAAUUUUCAGAGGUCUUUUGGGAUGACACUGUGGACUACUUUGGAGCAACUGCCGAAGAAACCGAUUUGAGGGGGCAGUGCUUUAUGUUUUGGAAUGUCAGAAAAACAGUUGGUGCUCCUGUUCUUAUAGCUUUAGUGGUUGGUAAGGCAGCUAUUGAUGGUCAAAAUAUGAGCUCGUCUGACCAUGUAAACCAUGCAGUCCAGGCUCUCCGUAAAAUUUUUGGGGAGGCUUCAGUACCAAAUCCAGUUGCAUCAGUUGUGACUGAUUGGGGCAGAGAUCCUUUCAGCUAUGGUGCUUACUCAUAUGUAGCUUUAGGAGCAUCUGGAGAAGACUAUGAUAUAUUGGGCAGACCUGUUGAGAACUGUUUAUUUUUUGCUGGUGAGGCUACCUGCAAGGAACAUCCUGACACUGUUGGUGGUGCAAUGUUGAGUGGGCUUCGAGAGGCUGUGCGUAUAAUUGACAUAUUGACCACUGGUAAUGAUUAUACUGCUGAAGUAGAGGCAAUAGAGGCUGCCCAGAGACAAUUAGAGUCUGAAGGGGAUGAAGUUGUGGACAUAGCAAGGAGACUUGAAGCUGUUGAACUCUCCAAUGUCUUGUACAAGAACUCUUUGGAUCGGGCCCUUAUAUUGACCAGGGAAUCUUUGCUGCAGGAUAUGUUCUUUAAUGCAAAAACCACUGCAGGACGGUUACAUUUAGCGAAAGAGUUGCUGAACCUUCCUGUUUCAACCUUGAAGUCAUUUGCUGGGACCAAGGAAGGGCUGACCAUGCUCAACUCUUGGAUAUUGGAUUCAAUGGGGAAGGAUGGGACUCAGCUUUUACGUCAUUGUGUUCGUCUUCUUGUGCGUGUUUCUACUGAUCUACUUGCUGUGCGUCUGUCAGGCAUUGGGAAAACUGUCAAAGAAAAAGUUUGUGUACAUACUAGCCGCGAUAUACGUGCCAUAGCUAGUCAAUUGGUUAAUGUGUGGCUUGAAGUCUUCCGAAAAGGAAAAACUUCUGGUGGUGGACUAAAGUUUUCCAGGCAAUCAAAUGUAGUAGAUUCGUCGAAGAGAAAAUCUCUUAAAGAUCCAGCUUCAGGCAAGCCACCUCUACACUCACAUCACAGUGGUUUGGAGAAUAAAGGAUCUGCUGGAAGCCAUUUGAUUUCUAGUGCAAACAUGAGGAGAGAGAAUGGCAGACUAGAUACUGAAGUGGAAGACAGAAAUUUUGCCAUGUCUGAAGAAGAACAGGCUGCCUUUGCUGCUGCUGAAGCUGCUCGAGCAGCAGCAGAAGCAGCUGCUCGAGCUGCAGCCGAAGCAACUGCUAAGGCUUUAGUCCAAGUUCUAUUUGAACUAUCCGGUCAUUCUUAUGUUCUCUUUAAGAUAAUUAAUGUGAUUGGCUUUCCUACAUUUGCAUCCUCGGGGCCACAGCUUCCCAAGAUACCUUCCUUUCACAAAUUUGCCAGGCGGGAGCAAUACGGGCAAAUGGAUGAAUUUGAUCUUAGAAGGAAGUGGUCUGGUGGUGGGUACAUAAAUGUUGGUAUUGCUUCUAAGAAGGAGAAAGCAAAUCAUGUAGCAAAGCAUAGUUAUAAACUUUUCAAAGAAGAAAAACUCGAGGGAAGUUCUGGGGAUUCAGUUGCUGAUUCAGAGGAUGGAGUUGCUUUCAUCCUUGGUCAGGUUAAGAGUUCUGAAACUUCUGUGGAGGCCAAAAAUGUUGUUAUAUCUAAUGAUGGGAACCAGAUAUUAGAAGCGAAAAAAGGCUGUUCGGUUAUCCCAGAAUUACCUAAUGUGACAGAACACAAACUAUGCCCAGCUGAUGAUUGCCUGCAAAAUGGUGGCACUGAUUCACCUGACAGAUUGGUAAAUGUGGAUGUUUUGAGGGCUGAUCCAUCUUGCAAAAUGGUUGAUGGUGGAGAAGUUCCAAUUGUAAUUGAAGCGACGAAUGACUCACACAGUGUUCAAUCUGCUUCUCAUGAUGAUGCUUGGGGGAACCAACAUGUGCACUGUGAUUCAGAAAUCAGGAAGAAAAUCAUUAUCAUUGGGGCAGGUCCUGCUGGUUUAACCGCUGCUCGCCACUUGAAACGUCAGGGUUUUUCUGUAAUUAUACUUGAGGCUCGGCAUAGGAUCGGUGGUCGUGUUUAUACAGAUCGCACGUCUCUCUCAGUUCCUGUGGAUCUUGGGGCUAGCAUAAUUACAGGUGUUGAGGCUGAUGUGGCCACUGAAAGAAGACCUGAUCCUUCCUCAUUGAUUUGUGCUCAGCUGGGCCUAGAGUUGACUGUGUUGAAUAGUGAUUGCCCCCUUUAUGAUAUUGUUUCUGGUCAAAAGGUUCCUGCAGAUCUGGAUGAAUCUCUGGAAGCAGAGUACAACAGCCUUCUUGAUGACAUGGUAUUGCUUGUUGCCCAGAAGGGGGAACAUGCUAUGAAAAUGUCUCUUGAGGAGGGUUUGGAGUAUGCUCUUAAGAGGCGCCGAAUGGCACGAUUAGGAAGAGAUUUUGAAGAAGUUUAUCUGCAAAGUUCGAUGGAUGCUUACUCUAAAACCAGCAGUGUUGACAGCAGAGUUCCUGGUAGAAAUUGUUCUGAAGAAGAGAUACUGAGUCCUCUUGAAAGAAGGGUUAUGGAUUGGCACUUUGCCAACUUAGAAUAUGGUUGUGCUGCUUUGCUCAAGGAAGUAUCUCUUCCUUUCUGGAAUCAAGAUGAUGUUUAUGGAGGAUUUGGAGGAGCCCAUUGCAUGAUUAAAGGUGGUUACAGUGCUGUUGUUGAGUCUCUUGCAGAAGAACUUCUCAUACAUUUCAACCAUGUAGUCACAGAUAUCUCAUAUAGUUCAAAGGACUCUGAAGUAAAUUAUAGUCAGUCCAAAGUCAAAGUUGCCACAUCAAAUGGCAGUGAAUUCUCAGGAGACGCUGUGCUUAUUACUGUGCCUCUUGGGUGCUUGAAAGCAGAAAGUGUAAAGUUUUUUCCCCCGUUACCCCAAUGGAAGUCCUUGGCCAUCCAGCGGCUUGGUUUUGGAGUUCUUAAUAAAGUAGUAUUGGAAUUUUCAGAGGUCUUUUGGGAUGACACUGUGGACUACUUUGGAGCAACUGCCGAAGAAACCGAUUUGAGGGGGCAGUGCUUUAUGUUUUGGAAUGUCAGAAAAACAGUUGGUGCUCCUGUUCUUAUAGCUUUAGUGGUUGGUAAGGCAGCUAUUGAUGGUCAAAAUAUGAGCUCGUCUGACCAUGUAAACCAUGCAGUCCAGGCUCUCCGUAAAAUUUUUGGGGAGGCUUCAGUACCAAAUCCAGUUGCAUCAGUUGUGACUGAUUGGGGCAGAGAUCCUUUCAGCUAUGGUGCUUACUCAUAUGUAGCUAUAGGAGCAUCUGGAGAAGACUAUGAUAUAUUGGGCAGACCUGUUGAGAACUGUUUAUUUUUUGCUGGUGAGGCUACCUGCAAGGAACAUCCUGACACUGUUGGUGGUGCAAUGUUGAGUGGGCUUCGAGAGGCUGUGCGUAUAAUUGACAUAUUGACCACUGGUAAUGAUUAUACUGCUGAAGUAGAGGCAAUAGAGGCUGCCCAGAGACAAUUAGAGUCUGAAGGGGAUGAAGUUUUGGACAUAGCAAGGAGACUUGAAGCUGUUGAACUCUCCAAUGUCUUGUACAAGAACUCUUUGGAUCGGGCCCUUAUAUUGACCAGGGAAUCUUUGCUGCAGGAUAUGUUCUUUAAUGCAAAAACCACUGCAGGACGGUUACAUUUAGCGAAAGAGUUGCUGAACCUUCCUGUUUCAACCUUGAAGUCAUUUGCUGGGACCAAGGAAGGGCUGACCAUGCUCAACUCUUGGAUAUUGGAUUCAAUGGGGAAGGAUGGGACUCAGCUUUUACGUCAUUGUGUUCGUCUUCUUGUACGUGUUUCUACCGAUCUACUUGCCGUGCGUCUGUCAGGCAUUGGGAAAACUGUCAAAGAAAAAGUUUGUGUACAUACUAGCCGCGAUAUACGUGCCAUAGCUAGUCAAUUGGUUAAUGUGUGGCUUGAAGUCUUCCGAAAAGGAAAAACUUCUGGUGGUGGACUAAAGUUUUCCAGGCAAUCAAAUGUAGUAGAUUCGUCGAAGAGAAAAUCUCUUAAAGAUCCAGCUUCAGGCAAGCCACCUCUACACUCACAUCACAGUGGUUUGGAGAAUAAAGGAUCUGCUGGAAGCCAUUUGAUUUCUAGUGCAAACAUGAGGAGAGAGAAUGGCAGACUAGAUACUGAAGUGGAAGACAGAAAUUUUGCCAUGUCUGAAGAAGAACAGGCUGCCUUUGCUGCUGCUGAAGCUGCUCGAGCAGCAGCAGAAGCAGCUGCUCGAGCUGCAGCCGAAGCAACUGCUAAGACAUUUGCAUCCUCGGGGCCACAGCUUCCCAAGAUACCUUCCUUUCACAAAUUUGCCAGACGGGAGCAAUACGGGCAAAUGGAUGAAUUUGAUCUUAGAAGGAAGUGGUCUGGUGGUGUUUUAGGAAGACAGGAUUGUAUAUCGGAGAUAGAUUCCAGGAACUGCAGAGUGAGGGAUUGGUCUCUUGAUUUCUCUGCUGCUUGUGUUAAUCUUGACAAUUCAAGAACUGCUGAUAACCUCUCACAGCGGAGCCAUUCUAAUGAGAUUGCAUGUCAGUUGAACUUAGGUGAGCACUCUGGAGAAAGUGCUGCUGCUGCUGCAGACAGCAGUAUUUUCACAAAAGCAUGGGUUGAUACUGCUGGUAGCGUGGGGAUAAAAGACUAUCAUGCAAUUGAGAGGUGGCAGUCUCAAGCAGCUGCAGCUGAUUCUGAUUUCUUCCAUCCAGCCAUGCAUAUAAAGGAUGAGGAAGAUUCAAACACAAGUUCUAAACCACGCACCUGGAAGCAUGAUAGACGAGCAAAUGAGAGCUCUGUUUCACAAGUUACAAUAAAUAAUGAGUCACUUGAAAACCGUUCUCGAGGGGCAGAUCGUAUUAAACAGGCAGUCGUGGAUUACGUUGCAUCAUUGCUCAUGCCCCUUUAUAAGGCAAGGAAAAUUGAUAGGGAUGGAUAUAAGACAAUAAUGAAAAAAAGUGCAACAAAGGUGAUGGAGCAGGCCACAGAUGCUGAGAAAAACAUGGCUGUUUCUGAGUUUCUUGAUUUCAAGCGCAAGAAUAAGAUUCGUUCCUUUGUGGACAAAUUGAUUGAGAGGCAUAUGGCAAUGAAGCCAACUGUUAAGUCAUGAUGUUAUUGUGGAUUGGCUGGCACAUUUUUUUUCCUCUGCGUCUGUGCAAGACCCACAACAGAUGAUGGUGGUGUGGGGGUAGAGUUCUUGAUUGGGCUUUUCUUGUCUACACGCUUACAUCAAACUACCAACAUGCUUAUAAAGUCCCGAAGAUGUCAUGGAAGAAAGGAGAUGGCUUUUUGCUUCCCGUUCAAUCAUAAUUGGUGAAUCUUGAUGGAAAUUGCUCUAGUCUGAUGUGUUCAGAAUUGGUAAUGUAAAGUUAGCCAGGAUACCAUUUCUGAAUAUGGCUGUGGCCUUCUGUACUGAAAAUGGGCUUGGCAUAAGUGUAUUAGCUCAUUUUUGGCAGACAUCAACAUGUUUUGAAGAUGAGUUCAGAUUGCCUCUAGCAAUUGAUUCAUUGUAGAUGAAGGUUGGAAUCCGAAGGGUGGAGAGGAUCAAUACCCUAAUCUUUUAUUUGGGGACAACCUUAGAUGAGACAUGACUUGUUCUUGACUUUUUUUUUUUUUUUUCAUGUUUUCAUUGUACAGUUUAGAAAUGUUUUAGUAUUGACUAGCAUACUGAGUAUUUUUCUAUUUUCUUUUCAGAACUA